GGAUUUUGGAGCAACCAUCCCCAGCAUUUCAAUUCACACCAUUCCUCUCUCUCUGUCACACACACAAAACGUAGCCAGCUCUCUCUCUCUCUCCAACUCAAUAUAAUAUGUUUCCUGAUUCUUGAAUCCCUGAAUCAGCUCUGGGUCUCUGGUCACCUUUUCUCUCUCCACUUCACCGCAGCCCAAAAAGAACAUUAUUAUUGACAUGUCUUCUUCCUCUCCAAUUCUAUUCUCUCCUCUUAGAUCUUCCACAACUGCUGUUCUGCCUUGAGAACUUCUUCCUCUUUCUACACAAGCAUUUUUAGUAAUCCCUUCUACUGCGCCACUUGUCCAAUUCAAUCAAGCUCAUCUCUUUUUUUUUUGUAAUUUAGGCAGAGCAACCCUCAAUUAGGCACCAAAAUUUCUGGUUCUCCACGGUAUUUCGUUCCCCUCAAAUUUAAUUAUAUCCAUUCAUUUCACUGUAGCGCAGCAAACCCAAUAAAAAAAAGAUUUUUUUUUCGGUUUUGUUCCAAUAGCUCUGAAAUUAGCUUGAAUAAAAGGGAGAAAAUCGUAUUGUCGGUCCGCGUGAUGAUAGUAUACGUGCAAGGCUGAUUGGCUUUUUUCUUGAGCUGUUACCUUUUUUCAUAAGGUAAGUGUGAGAGGUGUCUUCCUUACCCAACCCAAAAGGGCUAUAGAAUCUUCUGCUUCAAUCAAGAUCGUUCAUCUUAUCACCUCCGACUUUUCUCAUUAUUCAGCAAGAAGCAAUCUUGGAGAAUCUUUGUCAGCUGCAGAGAGUUUUCAAGAAUUGGCUUUUGGGAGAAAUUGCUAGGAUGGCCAUGGUGGCGCAGCAUCAUAGAGAGAGGGAGAAUAGCAGCGGGAGCAUAAAUAAGCAUCUGGAUUCCGGCAAGUAUGUGAGGUACACGGCGGAGCAGGUGGAGGCGUUGGAGAGGGUCUACUCCGAGUGCCCUAAGCCGAGCUCCUUGCGCCGGCAGCAGCUGAUCCGGGAAUGCCCGAUUCUUUGCAACAUUGAGCCUAAACAGAUCAAAGUCUGGUUCCAGAACCGCAGGUGUCGAGAGAAGCAGCGGAAAGAAUCCACGAGGCUUCAGAGUGUCAACAGAAAAUUGAGCGCUAUGAAUAAGUUGUUGAUGGAGGAAAACGAUCGCCUGCAGAAGCAGGUUUCUCACCUGGUUUGCGAGAAUGGUUAUAUGAGGCAACAGUUGCAAACUGCGGCUGUACCGACCGCUGAUGCAAGUUCUGAGUCAGCGGUCACGACCCCACAGCAUUCUCUUAGAGAUGCUAACAAUCCUGCUGGACUCCUCUCUAUUGCUGAGGAGACCUUGGCAGAGUUCCUCUCAAAGGCUACAGGAACGGCUGUUGAUUGGGUCCAGAUGCCUGGGAUGAAGCCUGGUCCGGAUUCGGUUGGAAUAUUUGCCAUCUCACAACGUCGAGGUGGAGUGGCAGCUCGAGCUUGUGGUCUUGUUAGUUUAGAACCUUCUAAGAUUGCUGAGAUCCUUAAAGAUCGUCUGUCUUGGUUCCGUGACUGUCGAGGCCAAGAGAUUUUCACUAUGUUUCCUGCUGGAAAUGGAGGAAUCAUCGAGCUCUUGCAUACACAGACAUAUGCACCGACUACUCUGGCUCCGGCUCGCGAUUUUUGGACUCUAAGAUACACAACCUCAUUGGAAAAUGGCAGCCUUGUGGUAUGUGAGACAUCACUUUCUGGCACUGGAGCUGGUCCAUGUGCAACCUCAGCUUCACAGUUUGUUAGAGCUGAAAUGCUUCCAUCUGGAUAUUUGAUUCGGCCAUGUGAUGGUGGAGGAUCAAUUAUUCACAUCGUGGACCACGUUAAUCUCCAGGCGUGGAGCGUGCCAGAGGUGCUGCGGCCACUUUAUGAAUCGUCAAAAGUUGUGGCGCAGAAAAUGACAAUCUCGGCACUAAGAUAUAUUCGGCAGAUAGCCCAGGAGACAAGUGGGGAAGUAGUAUAUGGUCUUGGUCGCCAGCCAGCUGUUUUGCGGACCUUCACCCAGAGAUUAAGCAGAGGCUUUAAUGAUGCCAUCAACGGGUUCAACGGCGAUGGAUGGUCGAUAUUAAACUGUGAUGGUGCUGAAGAUGUAGUAGUUGCCAUUAAUUCAGCCAAGAAUCUGACUGCUGAUGCAAGCGUUGUUCCGCUGCUCGGAGGUGUUCUUUGUGCAAAAGCAUCUAUGCUGCUUCAGAACGUCCCUCCAGCAAUGUUGGUUCGAUUUUUGAGGGAGCAUCGAUCAGAGUGGGCAGACUUUACUGUUGAUGCCUAUGCUGCCAUGUCAUUGAAGUCGAGCACAUGCUCAUAUCCUGUAACAAGGCCUACAAGAUUCACCGGAACCCAGAUAAUCAUGCCUCUAGGUCAAACGAUUGAACAUGAGGAGAUGCUCGAAGUUGUUCGUUUGGAAGGCCAUGGGGAUGCUUUUUCAUCCAGGGACGUUCAUCUUCUACAGAUGUGCAGUGGAGUCGAUGAGAAUGCUGUGGGAGCCUGCUCGGAACUUAUUUUUGCACCCAUUGACGAGAUGUUUCCAGAUGAUGCACCGCUGCUACCUUCUGGUUUCCGCAUAAUUCCACUUGAUUCAAAAUCAGGUGAUGCACAGGAUGAAUUGACCUUGCACAAGACACUAGAUUUGACAUCGAGUCUUGAAGUUGGCCCAGCAACCAGCCAUGGUGCAGAAAAUACAGGGUCGUCUUACAGCGCACGAGCAGUAUUGACUAUUGCUUUCCAAUUCCCAUUUGAGAGCAAUUUACAUGACAACGUUGCUACAAUGGCAUGUCAAUACGUCCGUAGUGUGAUCUCCUCGGUACAGAGGGUUGCCACAGCUAUAUCUCCAUCAGGGUUGAGCCCGACAGCAGGUCCAAAGGUGUCUCCAGUCUCUCCUGAAGCUCAAACGCUUGCACAUUGGAUAUGCCAGAGCUAUAGCUACCAUGUGGGAACCGAGUUGCUAAGAUCCGACUCCAUAGGUGGUGACUCAGUAUUGAAGACGCUUUGGCAUCAUCAGGAUGCCAUCUUAUGCUGCUCCUUGAAGCAGGCUCAGCCAGUUUUUAUAUUCGCGAAUCAGGCUGGGCUCGACAUGCUGGAGACCACACUGGUUUCUCUGCAAGAUAUCGCAUUGGAUAAGAUAUUUGAUGACGCCGGCCGCAAGGCAUUGUCCUCGGAAUUCUCUAAGAUCAUGGAAGAGGGAUUUGCUUACUUGCCUGGUGGCAUUUGCAUGUCGACGAUGGGGCGGCACAUCUCGUAUGAACAAGCCAUCGUGUGGAAGGUCUUUGCUGCAGAAGAGAACUCCUCUGUUCACUGCCUCGCGCUCUCUUUCGUCAACUGGUCAUUCGUUUAAGUAUGUAAAUUCCAUGAUGAAAACUAAAACUGAAAAUGGAGGAAUCAAAAAGUUUUGUAUGUCUGUUUUUGCUAAUCUAUAUUUAUAGAGUGUUCCAAAAUUGUGAUCCUUCAAUGUAAAUUCUUCUACUCUCUAUAGGUGGUAUCUUUUUCUUGUUUGCAA